UGAUGAAGUCGUUAUCCAGUAUUGUGGAACUUUGGAGCUAGCAAGUGACAUUUGAUUCGCGUGCUCACGAUGACACAACUAUCAAACCUUCUUGUAGUGUUAGCGGCAGUUCCGCUGGCAUGGGGCCAACACAGUUUCAACGACAUAGAUGACGAUGACGUUGGCAGAGAUAAACGGCGUAUGGAUAGACUCGGUAGUGGUCUAAUCAAGCGUAUGUAUGACGGUGAUGCUGACUCAAAGCGUGCGAUUGACAGAAUAGGAAGCGGAUUGGUUAAACGUAAGGAUAGUGUCAUAGAAAGGCUCCGCCCAACAGUGGAAUUGCUCGUGUUACAGUCUCUUAUGGAACAAAGGGACCAUCAGAGUGCCAGACAGGAUAAACGGAUGUUGGAUAGAGUCGGAAUGGGAUUGAUAAAAAAGCGUCCCCUUGAUCAAGUUGGAACAACUGAAAAACGUCUACUUGACAGAGUGGGGAUGGGUUUGAUAAAAAAGCGACAUCUCGAUCGCAUAGGAAUGGGUCUGAUAAAGCGACCCGUUGAUCGUGUCGGAAUUAAACGGAACCCUGGUUACAAAAUGUCUACACAAGAUAUUGGAGCUCCAAAACGGGGUUUAGAUCGGCUUGGCGCAGGAUUAAUAAAACGUUUCGGCGAACAACUUCAACCAGGAAAGAGGAUGCUGGACAGAAUGGGAUCAGGUUUGAUCAAGCGUGCUGAUGACACCGACGAAAUUCAUAUUGACGAGAAACGUCUUAUAGAUAGGAUUGGUUCUGGUUUGGUCAAACGUCUUAGUGAUGAUGAAAGUAUUGAUCAAAAGCGAAUGUUAGAUAGGAUGGGUUCUGGCUUGAUCAAGCGUCUUAGUGAUGAUUCAAAAGAAGAGAAACGAAUGCUCGAUAGAAUGGGUUCUGGACUAAUCAAGCGUUUCAAUAACAACGACAAAAAUGCAAUGGACAAACGUUACCUGGAUAGAAUGGGAUCCGGUUUAAUAAAGCGUAUGAAUGACGAUGACAUUGAAACGAAUAAGCGUUAUAUAGAUCGAAUGGGUUCUGGACUAAUCAAAAGAUCUGAUGCAAACGGACAGGUAGACAAGCGUAUGUUGGACAGGCUUGGCUCUGGUCUAGUUCGCUGAACUCACACGAGAUUACCUGACUGAUGUUUAUUUCAUGGUUACUAUCGACAUGCUUUAUGCCUAUUGUUAUUUUCGUUCGAAAUUUCAUACAUGUAUUUUCAUUGAUCAUGUGCUAUUUUUCACCCAGUUCGCCUCAAGAAGAUGAAAUAUUCCUCACAUUUUAAUGGUUUUGUACGUAACAUGAUAUUUGUACAUAAUGUUAAUAUGAAGUUGUUACUUAUGUUUGUAAUUAAUUGUCACGUUUUCUUCUACUGCAACACAAUAAUAAAGUA